UACGCUCAGUUCUAUCGUCUCUUACUAUUCCAUCUACCCUUUCACCCAAAACUCCAAAACGACCCUGACUUUGCCAUCACCCAACACCACCCACCUUCCACCUUCCGGCACCGGUUUCCGGCAACCCGGCACCGUCCUUCCUUCUUUCUCAAUCGUUUAGUUCUGGUAAAGUUCUUGUCCGAGGAUUCCCCGUCAAAAGUUGGGUUGACAUCGCAAGAUAAUCUUGAAGCAAAGGCAUCAUCGAUGUUGUGCUCAAGUACUAAUGAAUCUAUUGAUUUACCUCCUGGGUUUGAAAGCAGAUAUAUCCUGAACCAAUCAAAGGUUGAAUUCUCCCACAUUUCCCAGAUAAAAUGGAAAUUCCCUCUCCCGUUUGUUUUCAGUUCCGAUUGGUUAGUUGCAGCUGGUGAAGAAAGUAGGGAGAAAGAGGUUCAGAAGCUGAGAGAAAUGAGAGUGCUUGAAGCAGUUUAUCCCCGACCCUCUGCCAUUCCACCUAGCCCUUCUGUUUCUUUGGAUGUAGAAGAGGGAGAUUAUGACGAUAACGUUACUCCUCUCAUUCCUAUCAUUCCCAUCGAGGAAGAACAGUCUAAGCAUAUUUUGCCAGUGAACGUUCACUCCAAUGUUCAGUCACAUAAUUUGCAUCAACAUAGUUCGAAUCAAAACACCCCUUGUACUGUCUCCUCGGAUGCUUCUGUAAUGCCUUUAGCUGGGGUAUCUUCUGUUUUGGAAGCUGACUUAUCAGCAGCCUCUGAUGUUGUGGCAGCCAUCUUGAAGAGUAAUGGGCAAGGAGGCCUAAUUGAUAUGGAUCUACUCGUUAAAAUAUUUAAUGACCCAAAAAUGAUUGAGAAUUUGAUUAGUGAACAUAGAUUCGCAGCCACCACUGUAAGUGCAUCUUCAAAUGCUGUGGUAAAACCCACUGCUGGAUUGAAAGCUGUUAUUCCGUCAGUUUCUUUGUAUACAUCUACAUCUGAUGUGACAGCUUCUAUGAAUACAAGUACCAUGGGUUUAUUACCUUUUGGCUUGAAGCCUGCAACUCCAUCAGUUUCAUCCAACCGUUCUGGGUUGAAGCCGGCAACUCCGUCAGUUUCAUCUUUGAAUCCUACAUCCGGUAAGCCAGCAACUGUGUUGGCUCCUGUAAUGCCAUCAUUUUCAAGGGCGAAUUCUGUCCAUGAUAAGCCAGCAACUGCAUCAGUUCCAUUGUCUAUGUCAGGGUCUGGUAAACCAGUAUCCCCAUCUGUUUUUUUCCCCACACCUGCACCUCAUUUGUAUAGACCUGUCAACCAAAAUUUCCACAUGUCAAAUGGAAUGCCAACUUCUUCAAAUACCCAUCCCCAGCCAGAUUCAUUUCUGGCACCUGGGGUGAAGCGGCCUGCAUCGUUUGGUUUUCCUUCCAUUUCUUCUAGUGAAUUAAGCAUUCCAUUGCCUCACCCUACUGGGAACUUGCAUACUGUUUUCAAUAAUGCACAAACCACUGCUAGUACAAAGCCUUAUCAACCCAAUGUAGGUUCAGCAUCUGCUGUAAAGGAUGCUAACUAUUAUAAAAACCUCAUUAGGCAACAUGGUGUAGAUGGGCAAGAAAAGCCAGAGUCACAAAUAGAUAUGAAAUUGGUACAUAACAAUAACCAAGGAGAAGUGAAACCCAAAAUCCCGAAACCAUGCAUAUACUUUAAAAGCUCAAGGGGGUGCAGGAAUGGUGUGUAUUGCCCCUAUCAGCAUGAUGUUUCAGCUCAGUUUGGAGCUGGUAACAUCCUAGGGGUCCACAGUGCAAAAAGAUUUAAAUUUGGUUCAGAAAUUUAGGGUGAGAGCAUAAUUUUAAGUGACAUUUUUCAAUGGUAAAAACUAUAAACCUUUCUUUUAACCCUGUAAAGAACAUGGAAACAGAGAGGAGGUUGAAACAGAGCAGGGAGUGAGUAAGAGUGCGACAUUUCCAAGUUUUUGUAGUUGUGCUUGGAAUUGGUGGCCAGAUUUUGGUAUGAUUGUGGGCCUUACAGCUGGGUCCAAGGUUUUGAGUUUUUUGACAUGGUCUUUUAAAUCAACCGAAGUAUGUUUUUGACAAAUUGGUAUUUUCUUUUUUGUAGUUUGGUGAGAUAUCCGCAGAAUGGGUCCAAUGAAGUGGUGGUCCAUCCAAUGAGUA